AUGGCGGCAAAGAAGGAAAGGGGUACUUUAAGUGAAGCCAUAUCCUUGGAGGGAGAUGAAUGGGAACUGAGUAAAGAAAACGUGCAGCCGUUAAGACAGGGACGGAUAAUGUCCACACUUCAAGGAGCGUUGGCACAGCAAGAAUCUGCCUGUAACAGUACUCUUCAGCAGCAGAAACGAGCAUUUGAAUCUGAAAUUAGGUUUUACACUGGAAAUGAUCCUCUGGAUGUUUGGGAUAGGUACAUUAACUGGACGGAGCAGAACUAUCCUCAGGGGGGGAAGGAGAGUAACAUGUCAACAUUAUUAGAAAGAGCUGUAGAAGCUCUGCAAGGAGAAAAACGGUAUUACAGUGAUGCUCGAUUUCUCAAUCUCUGGCUUAAACUGGGGCAUUUAUGCAAUGAACCUUUGGAUAUGUACAGUUAUUUACACAACCAAGGGAUUGGCGUUUCACUUGCUCAGUUCUAUAUCUCUUGGGCUGAAGAAUAUGAAGCUAGAGAAAACUUUAAGAAAGCAGAUACCAUAUUUCAGGAAGGGCUUCAACGGAACGCUGAACCACUGGAGAAACUACAGUCCCAGCACAGACAAUUCCAAGCUCGAGUAUCUCGACAGACACUUUUGGCACUUGAGAAGGAAGAAGAGGAAGAAAGUUUUGAAUCUUCUGUACCACAACGAAGCACACUGUCCGAUCUAAAAAGCAAAGGGAAAAAGACAGCAAGAGCUCCAAUCAGCCGUGUAGGAGGUGCUCUCAGGGCGUCAAGCCAGAACAGAGGAGUCCUAAAUCCAGUUCCUCAACAGAUGCUAAGUAAUUCUAGAAUUACUGUUUUUGAUGAAAAUGUUGAUGUGACUUCUAGAGCAGAGUUGUCUAAACCCACAGCCCAGCCAUGGGUAGCACCCCCUGUGCCCCGGGCCAAAGAGAACGAGUUGCAAGCAGGCCCUUGGAACACAGGCAGGCCCUUGGAACACAGGCCUCGUGGCAAUACAGCUUCUGUGGCAGUUGUACCUUCUAUGCUUCCCAAUUUUACUCCAUAUGUGGAAGAGACUGCACAACAGCCAGUUAUGACACCAUGUAAAAUUGAACCUAGUAUAAACCACAUUCUAAGCACCAGAAAACCUAGAAAGGAAGAAGAAGGAGAUCCCUUACAGAGGGUUCAAAGCCAUCAACAGGAGUCUGAUGAGCAGAAAGAAAAGAUGAUGUACUGUAAGGAAAAGAUUUAUGCAGGAGUGGGAGAAUUCUCUUUUGAAGAAAUCCGUGCUGAAGCUUUUCGGAAGAAAUUAAAAGAGCAAAGGGAAGCGGAGCUACUGACCAAUGCAAAGAAGAGAGCAGAAAUGCAGAAACAGAUUGAAGAGAUGGAGAAAAAGCUGAAAGAAAUCCAAACUACUCAGCAAGAAAGAAUGGGUGAUCAGCAAGAAGAGAGAUUGCCUACAAAGGAGAUAGAUGAACUUGAAAUUACUUCUGAGUCUCAGAAAAUACCAGGAAUGGUUCAAUCCAGUUCUCUUUGUCCAGUGAACUCUUGUGCCAGGAAAACGCUACUUGUAGAAAACAUUUGUCAGGAACAGUCUCACUCUGAAGGUUCCAGUAUACCAUUUUCCAUAUUUGAUGAGUUUCUUCCUUCAGAAAAAAAAAAUAUCAGUCCUACAGAUCCACCAGGGGUUUUAACCCAACGAAGACCUCUUGCAGUUCUCAAAACUUCAGAAAGCAUUACCUCAACUGAAGAUGUGUCUCCAGAUGUUUGUGAUGAACUUACAGGAAUAGAGCCUUUGAUUGAGGAUGCCAUUAUCACUGGUUUCAGGAAUGUGACUAUUUGUCCCAAUCCAGAAGACACUUGUGACUUCGCUAGAGCUGCACGUUUUGUAUCUACUCCCUUUCAUAAGAUAAUGUCUUUGAAGAAUCACCCUUCUGAUUCGGAGGGACUUUUGCAGGAAGAGGAUCUAGAUGUAAAGAUCACUGAGGACCAAGAGACAUCUUGUGGCACUGUCUACCAUCAGACUCUCAGCAUCAAGAAGCUGAGCCCAAUUAUUGAAGAUAGUCAUGAAGCCACACAGUCCUCUGGAUCUUCUGCCUCCGUUACAAGCACCUCCUCCAUCAAAUGUCUUCAAAUUCCCGAGAAACUGGAACUUACUAAUGAGACUACAGAAAACCAUACUCAGUCACCUUGGUGUUCACAGCAUCGAAAACAACUACUAAAAUCCUUACUAGAGUUAAGUGCUUCUGCAGAGUUUGUUAUAGAAGACAGACCACUGCCUACAUUAGAAAUAGAGAAGGAAAUUGAAUUAGGAAAUGAGGAUUAUUGCAUUAAACAAGAAUACCUAGCGUGUGAAGAUUACAAAUUAUUCUGGGUGGCACCAAGAAGUUCUGCAGAGUUAACCAUAAUAAAGGUAUCUUCUCAACCUGUCCCAUGGGACUUUUACAUCAGCCUCCAAUUAAAGGAACGUUUAAAUGAGGAGUGUGAUCAUUUGUGCAGCUGUUACCAAUACCAAGAUGGCUCUAUUGUUUGGUACCAGUAUAUAAACUGCUUCACCCUUCAGGAUCUUCUCCAAUAUAGUGAAUUUAUUACACAUGAAAUAGCAGUGUUGAUUAUUUAUGACCUUUUGAUAAUAGUGGAGAAGCUACACAAAGCAGAAAUAGUCCAUGGUGACUUGAGUCCAAGAAGUCUAAUUCUUAGAAACAGAAUCCACGAUCCCUAUGAUUUUAAUCAGAAGAAUCAAGCUUUAAAGAUAGUGGACUUUUCCUACAGUGUUGACCUUAGGGUACAGCUAGACGGUUUUUCUCUCAGCGGCUUUCGGACUGUACAGAUCCUGGAAGGACAAAAGAUCCUGGCUAACUGUUCUUCUCCCUACCAGGUAGACCUGUUUGGUAUAGCAGAUUUAGCACAUUUACUAUUGUUCAAGGAACACCUACGGGUCUGCUGGGAUGGGUCCCUCUGGAAACUUAGCCAAAAUGUUUCUGAGCUAAAAGAUGGUGAAUUGUGGAAUAAAUUCUUUGUGCGGAUCCUGAAUACCAGUGAUGAGUCCACAAUGUCUGUUCUAAGGGAACUUGCAGCAGAAAUGAAUGGGGUAUUUGACAGCACAUUCCAAAGUCACCUGAACAAAGCUUUAUGGAAGGUGGGGAAGCUAAUCAGUCCUGGGCCGUUGGUCUGCCCACAAGAUAGACAGUCAAGUUGUUCACAGUUUCCUGCCUAA